CCUUGGCAAAGGACUUUACGGAGAGGCUACCUAUCCAGUCGGCCCAGGUGUUUCUUAAUCAGAACAUGACAUUGGGUAUCAUGUCCGAGGAAACCAUGUUCAGAGUCGUAUCGACGAGCGGUACAGUCAGAACUGGAGUGCUCAACUUGCCCAAUCGACAAGCCAUCAAAACACCACAUUACCUGGCUCUAGCCUCCCGAGGGGCUAUACCGCACUUGACCCAGGACAAUGUCAGCAAGCACACCAACAUUUGUGGUGCAUACAUGGCAGCAGAAGACUGUACUCCAAUUCUCAAGUACAAUCCGCCGGAUGGAACAUCGCGACUGCGAGCAUACACCGCUACCCCCGACAAUCAUGUCCUGGUUCUCGGAGCCCGCCGUUCACCCCCCGUGCCCUCGCCAGGAGCAAGCACCGAUAGCCAGAUGAGCAUCAUGACUGCUUUUGGCUUUACCAAACUUCAAGACACGGCUUUCCGAAACCUGACAUCUUCGCUCAACCCGGACAUCAUUGUAGGACUGGGAGACAUUCCGUAUGGAUACUACAAAGUCAGUUACAAGAAGAUUGACAAGAUUACAAAUCGGACUGCCAAAUGGAUGCAAGCACAUGUCGACGAAAGAGCGGUGGCCAAGAAAGAGCAAGGAGAACUACCACUGCUGUAUGCACCUCUACUACCCAUCUCUGCCGAGUCGCAGAGAUACUACAUUGAGCAUCUCGAAGACAUGGUGCAAGACAUACAAGGAUUGACUCUUUACAACACAAUCACUCUGGGAGAUCUUCCUGAACAGCUGAAAGCCCUUCCUCGACUCGGUCUGACUGAACCCAACAACCCUCGUGCAGUGUUGCAAGAUGUGUCUCAAGGCAUUGAUAUCCUGACUCUGCCUUUUCUCAGCACCAUCACAGACGCAGGCGUAGCAUUGGACUUUCGAUUCCCGGUUUCUGGUCCCCUACCAGAGGAGCCUUUGCCGCUAGGUGUGAACAUGUGGGAGACGAGGCACGCGACCGAUGUAUCACCACUGCGGAAGGAUUGCCCUUGCUACGCUUGCACGAACCAUCAUCGAGCGUUCCUGCAGCAUCUCUUGUCGGCCAAAGAGAUGCUGGCCUGGGUGCUUUUGCAGAUCCACAACCAUCAGAUCAUGGAUGAGUUCUUUGCUGGCAUACGCGAGAGCAUCAGUCGUGGCACUCUUGAACAAGAUAUUGCCGACUUUGAGCGAUUCUACGAACCGGAGUUGCCAGAGUCAAAUGGUCGCGGCUAUCAGUUCAAAUCGGAGGGCCCUAACGAGCGCAAGAGAAACUCGGCGCCGUUUACGGUCUACAAAGCGAAUCCGGACAAGAUUGUAGACAAAGGCUCAGUGCCUGUGCCUGGUCCUGAUACCGUUGCCGAAGAUUUGGAAAGAGUUGGGUUCGCUGAGAAGAUUGAA